AUGAUUAAGCCCCCUGUGGCCGGGCGGCCUAUCAGCAGUGAGUAUUUCUGCUCAGGCUUCUGCAGGGCAGCUCAUCAGGACCCGUGGCUGAGAGCAGUCACUCCCACUCUGAUCACCAGGCAGCUGAACCUCCUGCAGCAACACUCUGCAAACAUGGCCGGUAAGAUCCAGAGUCUGACCGAGGAGGAGAGGAACCACCUCCUCCCGCUGCUGCGCAACGCCCAGUGGGUGGAGGUGGUCGGCCGGGACGCCAUCUACAAGGAGUUCAUCUUCAAGGACUUCAACCAGGCUUUUGGGUUCAUGUCCAGAGUGGCUUUGCAGGCGGAGAAGAUGGACCACCACCCCGAGUGGUUCAACGUCUACAACAAGGUCCAGAUCACCCUGAGCACCCAUGACUGCGGGGGUCUGUCCCAGAGAGACGUCACGCUGGCCACCUUCAUCGACCAGGCGUCGCUCAUGUGACCUCUGACCGGCGGGAGCAGCAGGGGGUCCAGAGGGGUCCAGAGGGGUCGAUGAUUAAAGUGUUUACACAUCAAG